GUAAUGAAUGGUUAGUCUCAAGUUUUUAUAAAACAAAUUAUGAUAGUGUUGGUGAAUUUAAACUAAUAUAUACAAUAUGUAUAUAUUUUUAUUUGUAAUUUUUCUAUUUAAAGGUUUAAUUUUAACAUUUUAAAAUAUUUUUGAAAAUAAUAUUAUAUUUAUUUAUUCAUCCGCAACCGCCUGCAACCGGAAACGUUAGCUGGAACCAGCUUUUGAUUUUAAGAGGUUUGGAGCGGUUCGGAGCGGUUUGGAGCGGUUCGGAGCGGUCUGAAACGAUUUGUAACGGUUUGUAUGAUUGUUUCGAAACGUUGUCAACCGUUACCAACCGCAAACCUGCGUUUGUGGAUGGUAGCGGAAAAACUAGUCAGAUCCUAAAUGAAUCGGAUUCAAAAAAAUCUCACGACAUUAAACUCAUAUACGCAGAUAUAAUAUUAUAUUUGAGCCUUAUUCGAAUAUUUAAAAAAAAAAAUCAUCUGUGGAAUACACCCUACUUAAAUUAGUCUGAAUCCAUCCAUCAAUAUAAGAUACCUCUCGAUUAUUAAUAAAAAAAAAAGGCUGAUCCAAUACUAAUAUAUUCAUUGGAUAUUUGAUUUAUUUUCGUUUUUAGAUAUUUAAUGUUUAAAAAUGGAUGUAUUAUUUUGGUAUUUACGAAAUUUAACUCCGUUUUAAUACAAUUUAUAGGAAUACAAAUAAAAUUUCUUAAAUCGCUUUCACGAAGACAAAUAGCUUUUGUUUAUUUGUGAAUCGUUUUGCAGUUUUUGUCUCUAACUUCACCUUUAUACAAGGCGGAUACCUUGGGUUUAAUUUGUUUGUAUUAUGGUUCAGUUUUAGAAAUAAUUUAAUCCAAACGUACAUGCAUUUUAUUUUAUUUUGUUGAAAUGAAGUACAGUUUAUAUAUAUCACAAGAAGAACAAUUUUUUAUGAAAUAAACUCACCGUAAACGAUAAAUCAUAAAUAACUUUCAAAACUAUUCUACAAACCUUACAAGUUCUAAUGAUUCUUACAAAAUAAAUUCAAAAAUAAAGAAGAAAGAAAUUAAAAACAGAAUAUCCAAAAUGUUUUACUACCAGAUGAUUAUAAGUACUAUUUGAACAAUUGUUUACGUAUAUUUACUACACCCUUGUCCUUAUUAAAUUCACAUGUCUGACGACGUAUUAAAUGAAGAAAAAAAUAACUCACAUGUCUCCACAACGCACACACAUAGCAACGGUCAUUUUCGUGAAACAAAUGUUCUUAUAAAUAAAUUCUUUGUUAAAAAAAAAGAAGAAGAAAAGAAUCUUGUAUUUUUAUUGUAUUAAUUAAAGAAAAAAAUUUGUGUCAAAAAACGUUCUUACAAAUAGCAUAAGUAGUUAAAUCUGAAAUAAUAGAAUUAAAAAUGAAGAUGAGUGGGCGAUUUGAUUAAGUUCACGAAAAGCGGUAGAAACAGAGGAGCGGUUUGGCUUGCUAGUUGCUUGUGAGCUCCGAAACUUAUCUACUCUUUAAUGGUUCCAAAGAUAGAGAGAGGUGAUACACGUGUGUUUUCACAGUACUCCAUUUUUUUGUGGCUCCUCUGCCUUAUACGUUUACGGAAAAGAAAUAUUCUUUAUUACGAAAACAAGAUACAUAUGGUUUCGAAAAUUCAAUGAUAUUCAUUUGACUCAAUGUUUCAUUUCAUUGAGCAAUUUGAGCUUAACUUUCUUAAGAGCUCUAGUUAGAUCUCCAAUUCGAAUAUUUGAAAGAAGUUAUAUCGUAGGUCUCUUAUUCAAUAAAAACAAAACCAUGGAUACUGUGAUAAUCAUAACCCAUCAAUUUGAAAAAUAAUUUUAUUCUUGUAAUGGACUAAUUGCAAAAUACUAUAAUGUGUGUCUCAUUUAAUUAUCAAAAAAAAAUGUGUGUCCCAUCUAUAAAGAUAUUAGAGAGGAAAUUAGAGAAUAUAUAGUUGUAAAGAUUUAUAUACUUAUCUCAUUUAACUGACAAUAUUUUCAAUCAUUGUGUGAAGAUAACUUACAUUCUAUAUAUUUAAUGCUUUCUUUGUUACUCUAUACAAACAUAAAAAUUGUGGGUGUAUGUGUGGAGGAGAAGGGCGGGUUAAGGGCAAAUUUAUCGGGGGAGAUUAGGUAGUUUUUUAGCAAGGUGGGUCCUAACAAAACACAAAACACGGUAACAGAAAGCCGAGAUUAAAGAUCGACUAUUGUUGGGGUGUUGGACUGUUUACGGGCCCCACAGAUACGUGGCAACCCGCGGUUAGUGCAUUUUUUUUUAAUUUUUUUUAAUCAGAAAAAGAAAAUUAAAAAAAAAAUUUAAGAAACCCAUUAAAGGUUUUAUGAGAUAAUCAUGGUCUAACUACACAAACGAGUUAUUAAGACUUGAGAACUUUGAUGACGUUGCUUGCUAUACCUUUAUGACACAUGUCUAUUUCUCUCUCUGUACGUAUGUUAUGUAUAUAUGUAUAUGCGUAUGUGUGUAUAUAUAUCGGAGUUUGAUAGUGGUUGCUCAUUUGCGACUUCUCAAUAUAUACUUUUGUCUCUUGUUUACAUUUUGCUACUUUUGCAUGUCUUUUAUAUACAUAUCUCGUAAACCCUAGUAAUCAUAGAAGGUUGUCGUGUUGGAAUCAAGAAGCUUAAACUUAACUAGCUUCCAGACGUUUAUAAUCAAUACGAGGGUCAAUGGAUAAAGAUUAUCCGGCACCGAACUUCUUAAGUGAAUACUCAUGCAGUAACGAUGAUAACAGCUCCGGUAUGAUAGACCACAUGUUCAAGAGAAACCUUCAGAAACAAAAGCAAUCCAUGCCGCAGCAGCAACAACUGUCUCCUUCUGGAUUCGGAGCAACGCCAACUUUUGAUAAAAUGAGCUUUGCAGACGUGAUGCAGUUUGCGGACUUUGGUCCGAUGCUGGCGUUAAACCAGACCAGAAGCCAAAACGAUCAAGAAACCUGGAUGGACCCGUUUUAUAUCUUAAAGUUCCCAGUCUUCAAUGGGGACCAUAACCAGACACAUCAUAUCAUGUCUCAAGAAGGUGGUGGAUGUGAAGGAAACAUAAGCAAUGUGUUUCUUGAAGAACAGGAUAAUCAAGAAGAGAAAAACGAUAAAAACUCCAUGCAACUCCGUUUUAUUGGAGAAGAAGAAGAUAGAGAGAACAAAAACGAUACGACAAAGGAGGUGAAGAAGAAGAGAAAGAGAGCUAGAACAAGCAAGACCAGCGAAGAAGUGGAAAGCCAAAGAUUGGCUCAUAUCGCGGUCGAGAGGAACCGUAGGAAGCAAAUGAACGAGCAUCUUUGUGUCCUCAGGUCUCUAAUGCCUGGUUCCUACGUUCAAAGGCGAGAUCAAGCGUCAAUCGUAGGAGGGGUAAUAGAAUUUUUAAGUGAGCUGGAGCAACUCCUUCAAUGUUUGGAAUCACAGAAGCGUCGAAGAAUCUUGGGAGAAACCAAUGACAUACAUGGUGGGGACAUGACCACGACAGUGAUUACUUCUUCAGCCAUAACUUCAAGUAACCCGUUGAUUAUUACCGGAAAUGUAACCGAGUUAGAGGGUGGAGGAGGGAUUCAGGAGGAGACGGCGGAGAAGAAGUCGUGCUUGGCAGAUGUGGAGGUGAAGCUGCUAGGGUUUAACGCCAUGAUCAAGAUACUUUCAAGAAGACGUCCAAGACAACUGAUUAUGACUAUAGCUGCUUUGGAGGAUCUUCAUCUCUCUAUUCUUCACACUAACAUCACUACCAUGGAACAAACCGUCCUCUAUUCCUUUAAUGUCAAGAUUACAAGUGAGACAAGGUUUACGGCAGAAGACAUUGCAAGUUCAAUCCAGGAAAUAUAUAGUUUUAUUCAUGCAAAUUCCACCAUGUAAUGAUUCAUCUGUAUUCUCCUGUUAUUUCCGUUAAAUUUACUUUUCGUCAGUUCAUGUUGGCUUAAUUUUAGGUGUGGUUUUGUACCUUUAGAUGUCAUUAUUAUCUUUUCUGAAGUUAAAUAUGAGACAUCGAAUCAUCAAGAAACAAUCUUAGUUUCUUAAAUAAGCUCGUUACACCGAAGGUUGUACGGUGGACGAUUAUUUUUUGAGAUUUGUUUAAUUUAUUGCGCAAAUUAAUUAUAUUUGUUUUUCUUCUUUUGCGUCAAUGUUCAGAAAAAGAGUUGAGAUUUACAUUUCAUCAGCAUAGUUUCAUCCUAGGAACAUGUUAGUUACAUGUUCGAUGCAUUUUCUGGUGGUGCAUCACAUUUACAAGUGUCAAUGUACAUGAAUUUGUUCUACCGCAAAAGUGUCAAAGAAUUUCAAGUAUAAUAUAGUAUAUAUCAAUAUCAUCUUUCGUCCUCUUCUUCAGGGAAUUUAAUGCACAAUCGAUAUAUUAUAUUAUUAUCAUAUGAUAACAAGUGUACAACUGUUCCAGGAUACCUACAGAGUCAACAAAAAUUGUCUACUGUCUAAAUUGCAAAAAUAGGUGGAUGGCAAUUUAGGAGUUUUGUUAAACUACAUAAUAAAGAAAGAGUCUCGGUUAGAUACAUUGAAAUUGAGAUGUUGUGCUUCUUUUCUUAUUUCCCUUGUUCAAUUUUUUCAUUCAUGAUGUAUCUUUGUUUGAUUAUAUAAAAACUAAACUGCGUAUAGUAGAAAUAUAUACGUUGAAGGUUUACCAAAAAAAUAAAAUAAAAUAUAUAUAUAUAUAUAUAUAUAUACGUUGAAGCGGAGUCAGAUAAAUAUCAAAGCAAUUGUUUGAAAAAAGUAUGUGUAUAUUGCAGCGAUUUCAAAUUAAAAGUCUUAUUUAAAAGAACAGUUUAAACAGUCUAUUUUAUUAAAUCAAAUUUUGGUCAGUAAAAGAACAAUUUCAUUCGACUCUAUCUAAGUUAUAUCAAAAAGUACUAGACUUUCAUGUUCUACUCUUUUCCUUUUGAAAAUCGGCACUAAUAUUAAUUUUUUUAGGGAUUUGAACUAUGCUGCAAACCUCAAAACAAAUCAACAUAUAUUAAAAAAUCGAUGCAUCAGUUUUCACAAAACUCUUAGUUAAAAAAUUAUAGGUUCACUAGAAGUUUCUUCACAAAAACUAUCGCAUAGUCUUUCAAAAUAUAAUUAUGUACUAUAUAUUCAAAAUAAUAAUUUUAGAUUUCAUUUCCCACAAGACAAUAAUUUGAAGCUUACAUCCCCAAAUGUUUAAGUUUGAAGUCUAACAACCCAUAAACCAUGACUAUAAUUUAUUACUGUUUUAUAUUAAACUAUAAACUAUUUUAAUUCAACAUUUAACUAAAACUAAGACCCGAAUUAGAUGUAUAAGAAACCUCUUGAUGAAAAUAUAUAACCCUAAUUAGACUCGUUAUUGGAUCUAAUUUAGGUCUUAAUUUGGUUACAUGUCGACUUACAAAUAGUUUAUAAUUUAGUUUAAAAUAGUAAACUAAUUAAUCAUGGCUUAUGGGUGAACUUUUAAAGACAUAAGGAGCUAAGUCUGAAACUAUUAUUUCAGAAAUAUAUAGAAUAUAGUUAUAGUUUGCCAGACAUAUGAUGCUAUGUAAUAGUUUUUGUGGGAAAAGUAACUUGUCAACCCAAAAUUGAAAAGAUCCAAAUCAUCAAAAUCACUGCAAUUAUAUAUUCUUUUUUUUGUCAGCUGCAAUUAUAUAUUCUAAAUUAACAUGAUCAAAUAUACUAACCAAAACAUUUAAGAUAAAAAGUUAAUACCAACAAUAAAAGGUGUUGGGAUAAUAUUAUUCAUUUACAAAACUAAUCAUUUCCAACAUUUCAAAAAUGGUUAAAACGUUCUAAGAAAUUUUUUAAAAUUAAGAGCUAGAAUUAUUAUCCAUAAUAUCAUUUUAUUAUUAAUUCAAAAUCUCACAUGCAUUUUGUUCUAUGCAUUAUGUUUAUUAGUUCUCAUAUUGUUCUUAUAAAAUAAUAAGUAUAAAAAGAACUUUAUAUUUUUUAGUUAAGAUACGAAAAUUUUAAAUGAAAUUGUAAGCUUCCAAAACAUAAUCAUAGGCUUUCAAAACAUAACUGAAAGUUUUAAUGCGUUUUUUAAUUACAAAUAAUAAUUUUGAAUAAAAAAAUGAAAUCCGGUGAAACUUCUAUGCUACCUACUAUAUAUAUGUGUGUGUUUUGUAUACGCCAUGAUCUAAAAUUAUUGUUUUGUCGGUUUUAUCUAACACAUAUUUUAAGGCUUUACAAGUGUCUAAUAAACAAUUUUCAUAACUUAUCAGUUAACACUACUAUGGACAACGAAAAGUAUGUUUAUACAUUCAGCAUGACAGCUUUUUGAAACAGAUUAUAAUAAACGAUUAUCGAGGAUUGAAACCCCUUUAACAUUUGUAACAAAAAAAAAGGAUUGAAAACCUAAAAGCGUUGCCAAGUUUUUUUAAUUGAGCUGAAGAAGUUAUCAGUUUUGAAAAGAUGGUCUCAAAAUUUUAGAAUUGUAUAUCACCCUCGAUCAGAAAAUAGUUUGGUACAUUCUUUCGGUAGGAUAGCAAAAAUAUUUCAUAGAAAUACUAAUCAACUCUAUAAAGAAUCUACAAAUUUUUCCAAGGCUCAUAGCUUUAUUUUUCAUACCCUUAACUAGUCUCUGUAUUUGGAUAAAUUCUCGUUUCCAAAUUUGAACCUUUCUGGUUCUCAUCAAACCAAAUCCCUACACACAACCACUAACUAUUUCUGUUUCAUAGGAUUAAUCUUAUUGCUUGUAUUCUAGAUUAGCUAAGGAUCAAAUAACACGACUUGUACGGCAGGCAACCAAUAACUAUUUCUGCAUUAACCGUAAUAUUAGUAUUACAGAUAUCAUUUAAUCAUUUUAUAUAUAUUUCAUUUAGAUCAUGACAAAAAAAUUAAGUCAGAUAAUUUUUUAUUUUCAGUGAGAUAAUUAAAUGAUAUCUACAUGAUAAAUAUGAAUGUUGAAAUUACAUAAAUCAUUUACCUAAAUUAAUGAUAUUCUGCAAGGACAACUUUGCAUGUAUUAUGUAUACAUAUUUUUUCGAUACCCUAAGAGACACUCAGUUCAGAAUUGUCGACAAAUGGUCUUUGGAAUCUCAAACGGACCCAAAAUCUCUAUCAUCUUCACUUCACUCUUUUUGAGUAGUUUAAUGUUAAUAGAUUUGCAAUUUUAAGUAAAAACUCGGUGAUUUGAAUUUUCUUCAAUAAUAGUUUCUAAAUUACAAAUUUACAAAUUUAUUUUACACCCGAGUUUGUAUACUUUUCAUAUCAUAGAAGUUUAAGAUAUUUUAGCAAAAUUAAUAAAAGAAUGUUAUACUUUGCCAACUCUCCCUAAACGAAUUGCAAACUUCACAAAAAUAUUCAGCAACUAGAUUUUGAUCCGCGUUUGAAAGCGCGGGUUCUAUUAUUAUAACAAAUUUUGAUAUAAAUUAUUAUUUUGUGGUUGUUUUACAUUAUUAUGUUACAAAGUCGAAUUAUAUAAAAGAACUAAUUUUUUAAAAAAAUUAUAUAAUUCAUGAAUUACUUUAUUUGAAAUUUUGUAUAAAUUUUAUGUAAUUUUUUCGUACGCAUUGGUAUUUUACAUGGACCCCGAAAAACCAAACCAAAAUCAACUCGAAAAUACUGGUUCACGUCGGGUAUAGAGAAAAAUACGUAUUUUUUUGGAAAUGUAGGUCUCUGUCAGCGUCUGAGACCUAGCCGAAACCCGUUUGGGAGCAAAAGUACCCAGUUUGUGUAUAUUAUAUAUAUAUGUGUAUUUUGAAUAUGUUUUUGGUAUACAUAUAUUUUGAGUUUUUGGUUUGAAUUUGCGAUUAUAGUUUUGGAUUUCGAGUAAAAAUUCAAAUUUUAAAAUAUAUUUUUGGGUCUUCAAAUACAAUUUUGGGUAUUUUUUGGUUCCUCGGUCAGUUUUCGAGUACAAUUUUAGGUCUUUUGAGUAUUUUCUAAUUUUCGGGUAUUUGUUUAGAUUUUGGAUAUUUUUAGUGUUUCGAGUAUUUUUUAUGUUUAUCGAGUUUUAUUUAAGUCCUAAAUAUCUGAACGGAUCCAUACCCGUUACGUACAAAAAAUAACAUAUAUUUUAUAGAUAUUUGAAUUAUGGAGUCGAAACCAUCCAUAUCUGAAAGAAACCGAUCCGAACAAAAAUAAUAUUUUUUCUAAAUACCUAAUUAGGUCCAAAAACCCCAGACCUAGCAAAAUUCAUUGAUUCGUUUUAUAAAAUUUUGGGUGGAAAAUACAUUUUAGGUUUGAUCAAUAAUUUUUAAUAGGACAUGGCUCAUUUAUAUUUCAAAAGUUGAUCUCUUAAGAAAAUUUUGAUCUAAUGAAGAAAGAUGGUAUAUAUGACAAUGACCCCUACAUAUUGAAAUUUUGGUGCUGUUUAUAUGUAUAUAUGUUAAUUUGAAGGAAGUUGAUUUAAGUAAAAUAACCAUUUGAAACAUUCCAUAUAUGUAGUCAUGAUCUUAUUAAAGUGGGUGAAAUUUAUUUAAAUGUUGGAAAAUAUUAUUUGGUUGCUAUAUAAUAGGGGAUAGUUAAUAAUAUUUAGUUGUAUAUAAUAGGUUAGACUAAAAAAUAAAUAGGUGCAACAACCUUGUAUAAGUAGAUUUUUUAGGACUCCUUCCCUUUUAAUAGUAUUGACUAGAUUUUGACCCGCGCUUAGAAAACGCAGGUUUUUUCCGGUAAAAAUAGAAGUUUAAAUUGAUUAUUAUUUUGUGUUCAUAUAAAUGUUUUAAGAUUAAGUCACCAUGAUUUAUAUUGAUGUGAUCAAGCAUCUGCGUUUUUGAAAUUUGGUUGAAAUAUUUUUAAAAAUGAUGUUUGUUUGUCUAAUAGUAUAGGAAUUAUGAAGUGUAAAUAUAUAUGUUGGUAUUGGAAAGAUUUUUCUCACAAUAUAUAUAUAUAUAUAUAUAUAUAUAUAUAUAUAUUAACUAUCAAAAUUUAAAAAUAUAAAAGCAAAUAUAUAAAAGGGAUUUAAUCUGUAGUUAUUAUAAAGCUAUAUUUGUUUUCUAUACAUAGUCAAUAUUUAAAUUAUUGUUGAAAAUUAAAAUCUAAGUUUUUUAUUGCAGGUUUAUUAAUAUGGGUGUAAAAUGAGUUUUAAUAUAAACUAUGACAUUGUCAUAUAUACAUGGUACGUUUUUUUAUUUCACAUGUCCUAUUAGAAACAUACCAUAUAUAGGUCUGUUUAUUUAUACUACUGGUACGUACGAUUUUAUAUAUACAUUUAUCAAAAUAUGCGAUAUUAUAAGGACUAAAAGCCUUUUAACUAACGUUGAGUAAUAUAUGAUAAUAGGAGAAAUAAUAGGUAGACUAAAUAUACUAUUAGUUAAAUGAAAGGAUACAGUAACUUUGUUUAAAUAGAUUUCUCAAAAAUGCUUCCCUUUUAAUAGAAUAGAUAUAUACAUAUUUUCUGAAAUUCUAAGAUAAAAAAACCUUGUAUUUAAUAUUAAUACGAUGAAUCGUUUUUUCUUACACAACUGGUGUAUAUUACUUGACACGCAAGAACUGUUCUCUGACCUCUUUCCUGAGCUCUGAAUCAGUGAUAAAAACAAAAUCUGUUUUUUUUUUUAACACAGAUAAAAAACAAAAUCUUGUGUUAUACAGAUACGAAAUAUGUCCUCAAUUCGUAAGACUUUGCCUCAGUCUCCUGUUGGAAAUUUUCACGAAGUGGUUUAAGAUAUUUUGCGGUAAAUUUUCUGGAGAAGACGUUGGUCAGAAUAACUGGAUAUAUGGCACGAUGUAAUCCGUCUCUGUGUUUAUAUAAGAUAAUGCAUUCACUUAUCAGAACUGGUGCACUUUUGAAUGAGAAAUUGAAAUAUAAUGUGAGUUGCUUGAGAAGUUUACAUUGUAACAUUUAUCAAAUAUCUACAUUAACCUGUGGGGAUUCACAAUGGAAUCGUCAAAGUACGACCAAGCUCUCUUAAUGCUGAGGAUGUGUUUUGCUGGCAGAAACCUAGAAAAAGAAUUUACAGUGUUAAGUCCGGUUAUCAUGCAGCUAUGAAGAACUCAAAUUGCAGUAACUUGGUGAUAGCAGUUCCGGAAAAGUUCACGUGGAAGAUGAUAUACUAUGGUUUUUACUGGUUUUUAAUCAUAGUAUAAAUCCUAUUUAGAGUCUAUAUAUUAUGUUUCGAGUCUGUUUUAGAGUCUUUUCGUCUAUGUAUGUUUUGGAGUAUUGUAUAGAUUAUGGAGCCAUUUGGAGCAUAAAGAGAAACUCGUAGAUGUUCAAGAAAUUAAAAGUCAACGCCGAGUUUUGGAUUGAUACAUUCCUUGGUGUCGCUUGACACUAACGCAAGUAUGUUGGUCAGCUCUAUUUCAGAAUCAAGUCUGUCCUAGAAGUUUCCUCUAAUUAUAAGAUUUCCCAUAAUCGACUUUACACCUAAUGUAUAUAGUUUUAAGCCAAUUUUUAGGCUAGGAUACUUUAUUAGAAGAUUUACUGUUCUUCGAGGUUUUGGAGAGAAAAUCAUAGAACUCCUUUAGAGAUUUUGAUUGCAACUGCAGUAUUUAUAUCUCUAAUUUUUAAUGCAAUUCAUUCAGUUUAUCUUUAUGACUUGCUUUACUAUGUCUGAGUGGUCUACUUGUUAGAUUUAAGGUUUUCUAAAGUUUUGACGAACUUGUAAAUAUAGAACUGCUAGGGUGAUUUAUUAGGAUAAUUCAAAGGAUUGAUCUUAUUGCUUCUAUUCUAGAUUAGCUAACUAGAAACUCGAUCAUAGGAUAAUCGACAACCGCGAGAGUGGGUUCGACUCCUGAAACUAAUCCUACUGAGCUAGGUUGAUAAAUAACAACGAGAGUUGGUUUAGAUAACUUAGUGAACAAAUAAAACUGAACGAUAAUUCUUGUCUAAAACAAGUAUCGAUCGACACUCAGUAGUAUCAGUCGACACUCUCCCUAAUUCGCUUACGAGAGUUGGCAUUAUAGGGUUUAGAGAGCUACAACUGAGGUACAUCUGUCCACACCAUGGAUUCAACAAGGUACAACUUUUUGGUAUCUUCUUCAGAGAUAUCGCCUUGGUUUAUCAGAUGGCUUUAGACACAGUUAGGGAAGAAAACUUCAAUACUAGAAAUCCAUAAGAAGCUGUGAGACCCAUCGAGAACUUGGCGUCUAUUAAUAGCACCAAGAACACCGAUUAUGAGAGAAAGAAAUUGACUGGCAGCUUGGACAAGGAGCAGAUGCCUGAGGUUAAGGCAAAGCUUGACAAUGUUCAUAAACUUCUUACGAAACAAGUUAGCUUUGCAGAGGAUGUGGAGGCUAAAACUGCCAGUGACAGGGGCGAUGAGGAGGACGUGAAUUACGUCAGUGGUACUGGUUUGCAAAGAAUUUAAUAUAUUCUCUAAUUUUCAGAUUUUGAAAAUGAAUUUUCAGCCUUUUCUAGGAAUUGAAUGUCAAAGCUAUAUAUGCUUUCAUGCAAAGAAUAGAGAGAUAAUGUGAUAAUGGAUCAGCAUAAUAAGAUCCUUUCUUUGAAAGUUCUGUUUUUUUUUUUCAUUUGAAAAAAAUGUACCAAUGUAAUGCAUCUUCAUUAAUUAUCCAAUAAAAUCCAUUGUGGUACAAAAUAUAUUUUCUUUGAUAUAUCUAAUCUAUUAAAAGGAAAGUACAUUUUGUACUUAACCCUAAGUUUUCCACAAAAAUUACCUUUUCAUGCCACUGGUAUUAAACACAGAGUUUUACAUUUAAAUUAAACCGGCACACAUGAUUGCUUUAAUAAAUUAGAUUUAUAAAACCAACACUAAACCACUUAAUCCUCGGUUGCUACGUAUAGUUUUGUACAAUGAAUAAAACACAUGACCGGGUCUUCCAUAACUAAAACACAUAUAGUUCUGAAAUUAUAGUUCCAUAAUUAACCAAAUUUAAACGUGAUUCAAAACCAAUUAUAUCUUGGUUUAUUAUUGCCUACACAAUCCACUUAUAUCUAUCCAAAAUUCAAUUAAAUACUUUUAUAUACCAGUUUGUUUUAAAACACGUACACAAUUGAUUUAUAUUAUUUCUUGGUUUAGUGUUGUGAGCAGAAUAAAAUCCAACCUUUCCAAAAUUCAAUUGACUACUUUUGUUUGUAUAGCAAAUUUGUAAAAUAUACCACAAAAAAAAUCGAUCCAUUAGUAUCUAAUCAAUUAUACUCUCUUUUUUUUUAUAUCCAAAAUAUAUUGAAAAUGUAAAUUUUGUUACUUAAUUUAAAAGAUAUUUUUGGUCCACCAAAUCUAAACUAAUAAAUUCGUAGCGCAAUUAAACCACGUAACAUUUACCAAAACAAUCCUAUUUUUAAAGCAAUCAUUAUACUAAAAGGAUUACAAUCUUACUUAAAAUAUUCUGUUAUCAAAAAAUGCAAACCACGUCUAAUUUAGCAAAGAAAACAAGUAUAUUGUUACCUCAAGAUUCAAAUCCGAUAAAGGUAUCCCACAUUAGUCCUUUCAAAUCACGUUCGACUUACCUAAAUAACGAAUAUACUGUUUUUAUACAAUAUGCAAGUUAUAUUUUAUGUUGUAUACAGAAAAAUAUUUAUAAUGAAAAUAUAAUUAUCCGUUGAGAUUAGUUGAAUGAUUAGGUGGGUUUAUGACAAUGGUACAUAUAAAGCCCAAGAAAAUUAUAUAUUCUAUUACAAAAAAUAAAUCAAUUAACAUAUUUUAUCUUAUAUAAUUAAAAUAUAAUAUAUCAUAUAAUACUUAUUUAUUUAUUAUUAAGCGCCAAAAUAUAAAUUUGGCAUAAAUAAUGAAUUAUUAUAAUAAAUAAUAUAUAAACAAAACAAAUAAAUAAUAACUCAACAUUCAGAGAUUAGAUAUCUUAUUUUAUUUCCAACACAUUAUAUACAUAAUAAACAACUAAAACAAAUAACAAUUAAAAAACUAAUGAAAUUGAUGCAUAUGAAUUAUAAAAUCAUAUUAAAUAUUUGUAAAUCGUAAAAAUGUAUACAAUGAAAAAAUAUUGAAUUAUAAAUUUUUUAAUAAAAUCUGUGCGGGCGCGCGGAUCAUGGUACCUUUUCAUUAGUUUAGAUUAUUACUGUUUAAUUAUUAUUUUAAAAUAUACUUUAAAUAUAAAAGUUAUAGUAUAAUUUAAUAAAACACCCACAAUUGGCAAUCUUAAUACUCAAAUAUUUUUAAUAAUGUUUAAUGAAAUAGAAAAGUUGUCCCAAAACCUAUACAAAACAAACUGAACAAAAUACGUCAAUCUCAAAACUCUAUAACUAUGAAACUGUAUCAUGAAUUUUUAACAUAUAAUCAUUUAGAACAUAGAUCCGCACGGACGCGCGGGUCCAAAUUCUAGUUUUUUUUAUAAAUGACCACUCUAACAUAUCAUAUAUCUAAACCUUGAGAAAUUCUUUAACCAAUUAACCGGUUUAUCUCACUUAAUUUUUUUUGAACCACUAUCUUGACUAAUUACCCUUACCACACUUUUUAUCGUUGUUUGAGUUUGUUAAAUACACAAAGAUUUAUUUACCUAGUUCCUUUACCGGUACAUCUAGUAAAAUGACAUCAACUCACUAGAAUUAAGUGGUAACAAAAGUUUUUCUUCAUUUUUUUUCAAUUUUUAUCUAUUCACCUAGAAAAUCUUCCACAGUUAGUUAAAAGACUUAACGCUUAUCGAACUUAUCUAAAUAGGAGGAGAACCCCACCACACAAUUAAGAAGGAGUUUCAGACGUUUGACCAAAAUUUCUUUUUUCUUCUCUUCAACUUGAUGUUGAUUCUCCUUUCAAUCUCCUCUUUCACUCUUCUAUUUGACUUUAAUGUCUUAAUAGUGUUCACAGUGUUAGGAUACAAGAAAUUAGGUUUAGAAGUAUAUAUAGUGACUUUCUACACUCUUGGGUUUCAUCCAAACUAAUUGAGUUUCAUUUUUGAUAAACAAAAAAUCAGACCUAGAAAACUAGUCUCGCGACAGCAACUGACCAUUAGCGCCUGACCAUGAAAACAUGAUUCACAAUCCUUCACCUGGCCAUUUGCACCGGAUCAUAAUACAUGACCAUGAGUAUCUGAUCACAAUAUAUAGCCAAUCUAGGUAAGCCAAGAAGGUGGCAAGUGCCACCAUAAAAAUCUCAAAAUUUGCAUAAUAUAUCUCAAAUUUUAGUUAUUUCUCCUACUAAAUAUCAUAUCUUAACCAUAUUUCUCCUGCGGGUAUUGGUUUUUAGAUUUUUAUAUAUUGAUAUUUGUUUUCAUGAUUAGUGUUAUAUAUUUUAGAUGAGUCGUUAUAUAAUUAAUUGUAUUUAAAAGACCUAGACCUAAUCGGGUAAUAUUAUUAUUUUUGGUACAAAUAUCUGAACUCAUUUCAUAUACAUUUAAUAUUUAGAUAUUUUUAGGUUCAUAUACAUCAUAAUCGAACUCAUCCAAACCCAGAAGAAUCCAACUCAAAACCCAAACAUAAAAUUAUAAUAUCCAAGCGGGGUCUAAUUUAAAAAAAAAAAUGAUACCCGAAAAGAACAAUACAUAUCUAAAUGGAUAGCCAAUGUUCAUGUCCAACUGAUUUUAUAAACAAUAAAAGGACUCUUUACAUGUUGGCUAAAUUAAGUGAAAUAGAAAGAUUUUUUAUUUAGUAAAAUAAGUAUAUGAAGUGAAAAAUGAAGUGACAAUAAAUAUAAUACAUUUUUAUUAUUUUGAUUUAAGUUAUUAUUUUAUUCAUAAAAUAUGUCUUUGAAUUAUGUUUUUGGCUACGUAAUUUUUCACCGACUGAAACUAAAAUUAAAAGAAAAAUUAGUAAAAAAAACUAAACCGAAUGUAUAACCAUAUGCAAAACCUAGUUAUUUUACAUUUUUGAUUUUAUAACUCGCACAAAGUUAAUGUUGAUUAACUAAUAAAUCAAAAUAUGCACUAUUAUUAUUAUGGUAAUAUUAAUAAUUUUCUUAUGUAUUGAAUAAUUUUCCAUCGAUUGAAACUAAAAUAAAUAAUAAAUUUAGUAAAAAAAACUAAACCGAACGUUUAACCAUAUGCAAAACUCAGUUAUUUUAUAUUUUUGAUUUUAUAAUUGGUACAAAGUUAAUUUUGAUUAACUAAUAAAUCAGAAUAUGCACUAUUAUUAUUACGGUAAUAUAAAUAAUUUUGUGAUUUAUUGUUAAGAUAAUAUAAUUAAUAAAAUUGUUAAACUAAGUGAAAUAUGGAAAGAAAAUUAAUAUAAUUAUAUUAAUAAAAUUACUAAAAGGGCACUAUACUUUUUCUUUAUAUUGUUAUCUAUGUUUCCAAACAGUUCUCAUUUAUACGGUUAUUCAUGUUUCCAAAUCUUCAGCAGCGUCACGACUUCCCAGCAGUAAGGAUGUCCAAGUCCAGCAUGCCGGUUUGCCGACAGUUCACUAUCAAUGGAAUCAUCUCCUCUCAUGCCCCUAUAUCUCAUAACACAAUCUCAAAAGUACCCUUUUGUUAUUUUAAUUUUAUAUGUCAAACGAAAAAUCAUAAAAUUAAAAUGAAAACGUUAAAAAAUUUUAUUUGAUUUAUACAAUUUGAUAAAAAUAUUUCAAAAAUCCAAAAACGUUGUUUUCCAUAUUUUCGAAAAAAUCAUCAAAAUAUGAUUAAAAACGAUUUUAAAAUAUUUUUUUCUGAAUUUGAAAGGUAUAGAAUUUAAAUAUUUUCCCAUGGGUUCACUAAUCCAUAGAGGGGGUUAGGGUUUAGUUUUGAUGACCGGAAAGGAUUUGAUUUGGGAGUUUGGAUUUUGAUCCAAAAAAAAAUUAUGAAAUAGGGGCAUAGGAGACUCUAGAAGCCCAUAGGAGAUUUGGCAUUUCACAUUUGGGGCACGCGAAAAGUUGGCUCCUAUCAAUGCCAUGGAUAAUUUCGACAAAAUAUGUUAUCUCCUGCAGCGGGAGUGUAUGGGAAGGAUGGCGAUGUAACAGAUAGAUCGCAUCCAAUAAUCUACUUAAAAGAAAGACAACUACUCACAAGAAUUGAGAGUUAUAAGAAAGAUCUCACAAGAACAAAGUGGGAAAACUAGCGAGUCAGCAUGUCCUACGAAUGCAUUAGGAAGCAUUGUGUUAUUGUUUUCUCUAUUAAAAGUUCUAUUUAACAACAUGUUUGUUGCAAUUUAUAUUCUAUGUAAUCUGUUACAUUGAUACGAAAUUAAUAAAGUCAAAGAUGUUAUAAAAAAAAGAGUUUUAAUUCAUUGUAUAUAAAUAAAAUAGAUUUAAAACUAGAAAAAAAAAUUUGUCAUAUAAAUUUUUUAAAAAAGUUUAUAAAAUUUUAUAAUACAAAUUUCAACAUUUAAUAAACUAAAAACAUUUUUAGAGAAUCUAAAAAUUGAAAAUACGUUUUAAUUCAAUCUAAAAACAGAAAACUGUUUUAUAAAUUGAAAACAUUUUUUAAAAGUGAAACUUUUUCUUACAAAUUUUAGAAAACAUAAACACGUUUUAUAAAUUACAACAAAGAUAAUUUUUUUAUAAAAACUUAAAACGUUUAAUAAAAGUUUAAAACAUUUUAUUAAAAUCAUAAAAACGUUUUAAAACAAGAACAUAAUUAAAAAACAUUAAAAAACAUAAAACAAGAUUUGAAAUCCUAAAUAUAACAUGUAAAAUCCUAAAACUAACAAUUCUAACACAAAUCUAACAUAAUAAAUCCUAAAUUAACCAACCUAACUCUUUUCUAUCAUUCAAAUCCCUAAAAUACAUCAAUUCUAACCUAACACAUAUACAAACCAACAUAUAUGACUAUUGAGAGAAUGAUAAAUGAAUAACAUGAUUUAAGGGGAGUUUUGAAGAAGGAUUCAAGGCUGUUCUUCAGCUGUUCUUCCACUGAGUUGAAAUGAAGAAGAAAGAAUUUUUUUCCUGGUUUUAUAAUUCUGACGGUUUGAGUUUGUCGGAAGUCCAUCGGAUUUUUUUUAUUUUAGCGCUUCACAAAAAAUUAGGCCGUUUUCGUCGGAAUAUACCACAUUCGUCGAAAAUAAAUUCGUCAGAAAUUUCCGACGAAUUUAUGUCGAAUUACGUAUUGCGGUUUCGAAACAUAGAAAAAUAACCAAUAAUAGCCAUUGAUGAUAAAUUGAUGAUUUUAAGGGUUUAUAAUCUUCAAAAUGUUUGAAAACACUUGAAACACACAUAAAUUCAAAAUUGUAGGAUGGAUCACCGUAAAGUAUUUUCUUAAGUAUAUAAGUUUUAAUGAGAAAGGUUAUGUAUCCGUCGAUGUAUCCAUCGCGAAAAUAUAUAUAUAAAUAACUUUAAAUAAUUAAGGUAUUAUUAACCCACGUCAUAUUUAUCACUUAAUAUAUGUCAUGGUGAUCUUGUAAGAAUCUGGUUUUAACAUUUAUUUUAAAUAUUUCAUAUCUAAAAAUCAAAUUCGUCGGAAAUUUCUAACGAAUUUUCUACAAAAUUUUUAGAAUUCGUCAACCAUUCGUUGGAAAAUUUUGACGAAAUUCUGAAGAAAACUUAAACCCCAAAUCUAUACCCUAUAUCGUUUAAUUUUCCUCGGGAAUCGUCAGUAUUUCGUAGAUUAUUUAUCACGAAGAAAAUUCAUCAGAAAUUCCUAGGAUAUUUUUGACGAAAUUUCGAUGAAUGGUGAAAUUUCAUAUUCCUUGGAAAUUCGUCAGAAAUUCCUCAGAAGUUUCAGACAAAUAUUUUUUCCGACAAAAAUUACUAUGUUUUCUUGUAGUGGUGAGCUUGCACCGGAAAUGAUAGAAACCCAGAAGAACCGCCUUCUCCCAUGAAGUUAUGUCGUUAACGAAAUCCUUUACAGGAUACAACAUGAAAUCUUGGCUCCCGAUGACCAACUAGGGGGACUCCGGCCUCCCUCCGUCGUCCUCAAACAUAGCAGAUCAACCGAAGAAACCAAAUACCGACCAGAAACUCUAGUUUCCAUAGAGAUCUGCUGGUCCAAGGAUCUACCUGAAUCGCAGAGGAGAGAUAGAGAGUACAUCUGAUACAACUCCAAAUGGAAACUGGUUAGUCUAAUAAGCUCAAUCCAAGAGAAAAAGGGGUGGAUGGGAACCCUCCGAAAGACCAACGAAGUUGCCAGAGAGAACGGAGUCCUCCACCGAAGACAAUGAAAAAAAAACUAGAGAGAAAAUGGUUGGCACUUGCUUGCCCUUAUAAAAGUUAAUUGGUCUUAGUUUCAUCAUUCCGCUAGGCUUUUUCACUUUUGGAAUUAAACAUAUAUUUAACAAAUUUAACUGUACAUCAAAAUAUCGUCUAAGCAAAUUAUUUUACUCGUAAGGAUUACACCUUUCCCAUGAAUUAUCAUGACGAUUUUGUUUCAAGACCAUACAAGUCUGAGAAUCAUUCUUCCCACCAAUCUGAGAGAGAGUAACGCUACAAGAAUUCUGCUCAUCAUGAGGUUUCUAACCAUGACAGUCGAGAUAGGUAUGCGCGAUGGUCAGGAGAUGGCCGCAUCAUUGGCAAGUCUUACGAUGCAAGAUACGGUCGCUGUUAUGCUCCUUAUGAGCAGAGGACGCCAUAUCACUGGAAGGAAAAGUAUAAAAAGAUGGUAAAUUGGGUUUCUACAAGGUCGUAAAGUCCUUUGCUAUCACGGAAGGUGCAUCAAAAGCUCUCUCUCCUCAACGGGUGCAGGAUGAUCAUGCUGUGGCAAUGGCUAGCAAGACCGAGAACGUGAGUCACAACAGUGGAAAGAAGCUGGCUAGUACUAUUGUUACACCAUCACGUAGUACUCUCCCUAACGAUGCAAACGUUACUGUGCGUUCCCAUGAUGCUGCAAGAACUAUAACCUUCUCUCCUAUGGAGAAGACAAAGCAACAAUUCCCUAAAGGUGAUGAUCUGAUUAUGGAUGCACUACAAGAUAUAGAUAUUGCGGGAUCAGUUAUUUGGGGAUCUGAUUAGCAGGAUAUGAGGAUGGAUUUUGAUAAUCAUGAAGAUGAUCUUCUGGGUGAAUACUUGGAAGCGAUGGAGUAAGAGGAACCUGCACAGGUGAUACCGUUAGGAUCAACAUCUAGGGCGGGUAAUGCAAAGGAUCAGUCUUCACGGCGGAGUCAGUUCAAGAACGAGAGUGCCGUUAGGUUUUCACGGCAAAAAGGCAUCCAUAUUACGUAAGGGAUCUCCAAGGCAGGUGCUUCUUCAAGGCUUUCUUCUUAUGGGAAAACUGAGCAAAAGAGAAUCGUUACAGUGUAUCAAACAAAUCUAAAGUCAACUCUCAUCUGGAAAAUGGUUUCGAGGGGUCCACAAAAACUCCAGAAAAUCAUCCAUGAGGACGCUCAUUUGGAACUGUAGAGGGAUUGAGAACUACCUCACAGUUCGACACCUUACGGAGAUGUGCCAGAAGCAUCGCCCAUGACUUGUGUUCUUUUCUGAGACGAAGAACAGAAGGCUGCUGUUGCAAAACAUUCAGGCCGACUUAGGAUUUGAUCACUUGUUUACCGUUGAGCCACUUGGUCUUAGCGGAGUUGUAGCUCUUUUAUUCAUGGAUGAAAUUCAAGUUAAUGUUUUAUUUUCGAAUAAUAGAAUGAUUGACAUUGAGGCAGUCAAGGAUAGAAUAAAAGUCUUUAUGACAUUUGUUUACGGAUAUCCUGUUUUAGAACGUAGGGAUCAGAUUUGGAAACAUCUUACGCGUUUUUCAACAACACGAAAUGGACCUUUGUUCAUGAUAGGUGGUUUUAAUGAAAUUACUGAUCAUAGCGAAAAGGAGGGAGACAAAAGGCGUUUUGAUAGCUUCUUCUUGCCUUUUAAGCAUAUGUUGAGUGAUUUUGGCAUGCUGGAAUUUCCAUUUACUGGGAAUAUGCUUUCUUGUGUUGGGAAAAGAUUAGGAGGGACAACUGUUAGAUGUCGAUUGGAUAGAUCAGUGGGGAAUGAGGAUUGGCAUGAAAAGUUACCUCAUACAGCUGUUAAGUAUCUCAGGCUUUAGGGCUCAGAUAAUCGUUCGGUCCUAGCGGAUAUUCUCACAAAACCAGUAAUGAAACAAAAGAUAUUCAAAUUUGAUAAACAUUGGUUGGAUAUUGAGAAACUAAGACAAGUCAUGUUGGAAGGGUGGAAUUCAGAGGAUCUGCCUCCUGAAGCGAAUAUAAUCGAACAUAUUGCUAGUUGUUGAAAAGCUUUGAGCCAAUGGAGGAGACAAAACAAUGUGAAUUUAGAAAAGCUAGUGGAAGAGCUUAAAGAGAAGAUGGAGGGCCUAUAUUCGAAUGAUGAUGCUACUUCCGAGGAAAUAUUAGAUGCUCUAAAGGAACUAUCUACUGUUCUUAAGGCAUAAGAGAUAUUUUGGAGACAGAAAAGCAGGGUUCUCUGGUUAAGGGAAGGUGAUAGGAAACAUAUCCGUCUAAUAAAUUUAACUUAACUCUUUAAAAAAUUUAGUAUCGAACAUAAAUUCUUCGAAAAAUUGUAUCCUAAAGUAUGUCUAAAUAUACAAAAUAAAAUAACUGAUUAAUAUCAAAAUAGCUAACCUAAUAAAAAUUUAAAAGAAAAUUAAUGUGAAGAUGGAUACACCUAAUAUCCACAAAACAAGUUACAAGACUCACAGUAGUCACUACAAUUAUUUAGUGAUGGUAAUCAACCGUAUUAAUGCGCCAGCCAUGUUUCAGAGUUUGAUGAACUUGGUAUUUAGACCUUAUAUGUGACAAUAUGUUCUCACAUUUUCAUGACAUUUUCAUGUAUAACUCACUACCAGAAAAAAAUAUGGAAUAUCUAUAAUGCGACUUUGAAGCGAUGAGACGAAAUGUUUGUAUGCUAAGAGAAGUAAAUAUACUUUUGUUAGGGAGUGUGUGGAGUGCUGAGGGCAUUAAGUUGAUUCUGAGGAGUAUCCACAUACAGAAUGAAAGUUAAAACAAUUGCUUGAUGGCAUAAUUCUAUAAUUCUCAAGCAACUACAUGGACUUUUAGGCUUGGCCAACUAUUAUAGAUGUUUUUUGCAGUGUUCCACAAGUUUUUGUGAUAAGUUUCACAAGAAUUUAUCUUUCAAAAUAAAUUUAAAAUCAAUUAGAAAAGUUAAACUAUCAAAAUAAAAAGAUAAAAAAUAAACUGAUAUAAUAUAUCUCUUAAUAUUCAACAUAAAAAGUUUUACUAACAAAAAAAAAGAACAUACAAUAUGUCCUAAAAACUGUAGAAAGUUCCAAAGAUGUUGACAAACUAACUUAUUUAUAAUAGCUAGGGAUAAAAAUGUCCAGUUAGGGAUAGUUACCUGGCUUUGAAAUAAAUAUGAAAUGCUGAAAGAUACAUAAUACUUAAAGAUUGAUGUUCAGUAUUUUAAAAUGU